AUGGUCCAUCUAUCUUUCAUCGCAACAGCCCUGGCGGCUAGCCUCCUGCCACAACUCACCAACGCAGCCGGCCUCAACACCGCCGCCACAGCCAAAGGGCUCGACUACUUUGGAACAGCCACCGACAACCCCGAGCUCACAGACAACACCUACAUGACCCAACUCAACAACACUGAUGACUUCGGCCAGCUCACCCCCGGUAACUCCAUGAAGUGGGACGCCACCGAGCCGUCUCAGAACAGCUUCAGCUUCGAGAAGGGAGAUGCCAUUGCCAACUUGGCUGAGGCGAAUGGGCAGAAACUGCGGUGCCAUAAUCUGGUUUGGUAUCAGCAGUUGCCUAGCUGGGUGUCUGGCGGGUCUUGGACAAAUGAGACGCUUACGGAGGCGCUGAAGAAUCAUAUUACCAAGGUGGUUAGUCAUUACAAGGGGAGGUGUUAUGCUUGGGAUGUUGUUAAUGAAGCCCUCAACGACGACGGCUCGUACCGCGAGAAUGUCUUCUAUCAACACAUCGGCGAAGCCUACAUCCCCAUUGCCUUCGAAGCUGCCGCCGCUGCCGACCCAGACGUGAAACUCUACUAUAACGACUACAGCAUCGAGUACGGCGGUGACAAGGCUAACGCCGCCGGGAACAUCGUCAAAUUGGUGCAGUCGUAUGGCGCCAAGAUCGAUGGCGUUGGUCUCCAAGGCCAUUUCACCGUCGGCCAGACACCCAGCAAGAAAGACCUCGCUAGUAACCUGAAGUCGUACACGGCAUUGGAUGUCGAAGUUGCAUACACUGAGAUGGAUGUCCGUAUGGAGAUGCCGUCGAGUAGCGAUAAGUUGUCGCAGCAGUCGACGGACUAUGCGAGUCUUGUUGGGGCUUGUGCGGAGACGGAGGGCUGUGUUGGUAUUACUAUUUGGGAUUGGACUGAUAAGUACUCGUGGGUGCCGGAUACUUUCUCUGGCUAUGGGGAUGCUUGUCCUUGGGAUGAGAAAUAUGAGAAGAAGCAGGCGUAUGAUGGUAUCCUUAAUGCGCUUGGAGGCUCUUCCAGUGCUAGGAAGAGUAGGAAGAUGCGCCGGAACCUGGCUUAG